AUGAAUUCAUUCAGUAAGACUACUCAAAUAACAUCAUUUUCAGGUCAUCAUAUUCAUAUCUUGUUCGUUUUAUUGAUCAUCAGCAUCACUCUUUGCCCUAUAUCAUCUAAUGGAUGCCAUGAAGAUGAGAGACGGGCUCUGCUAAGUUUUAAAUCUUCUCUGGAAGAUCCCUCACAGCGCUUGUCUUCGUGGCAAGAAGGCGUCCAGCAUCAAAACUGCUGUGAUUGGCACGGAAUUGGUUGUUUAAGUGAGUCUUUUCAUGUAAUAUCCAUUGACCUCCGAAAUGCAGACUUGGAAAGUUUUCAAUUCGAGAAUGUUCAUAGUUUAAAUCCUCAGACGCCACCAAGUACUGCACUUAGAGGUAAGUUAUCUCCUUACCUGUUCAACGUUACUAACUUGGAGUAUUUAGAUCUCGGCUUCAAUGAUUUCGAGGGAUCAGAAAUCACACAUCAGUUUUCUUAUCUAACGAAACUCAAGCAUCUUGAUCUCUCUUUUUCUAACUUUUCAUCGUCGAUUUCGACGCAAUGCAGCAACUUAACAUUUCUGCAACACCUCGACCUAUCAUGCCAUUGGUCUACUGUAAUAGGUAUUUGGUCUACAACUAUUUACACUGCCCCAUGCUUAAAAUUAUCAUCUACAAAAUGGAUUAGAGGUUUAGUAAAUAUCCAAGCGCUAAGGUUGAGUGGUAUUGAUCUAUUUGAAGCCACUUCAAAAGAUAAUUUUGCAGAACAUAUUUCGUAUCUGUGGAAACUUAGGGAUCUUGACAUAUCUGCUUGCAAUAUAUCUGGCCCAGUUUUCCCAAUUCACGAGUUUCAUAAUCUUUCCCACCUAUCUACUCUCAAAAUGAAUGACAACAAUUAUUUGAAUUCCGGGAUCCCAUUACAACUGGCUAAUUUAACUUCCCUUUUCAAUCUUGAGUUAUCUAAAUGUGAUCUGCAUGGUUCAAUUCCCUAUCUUCCCCAGCUUAAAGAGCUUGAUGUGAGUCUUAAUUAUAAUCUUCAUCCUGAUCUAAUGAGGAUGUUUGAAUAUCGUUGGCCUAAACUGCAGAAACUUCAGAUAUCCUACACUAAUGCAACUGGAUCAAUUUCAAACGCACCACUAUUAGUGUUUGUUUCUGCCAGAGAGUGUUCAAUUCAAGGAUCUUUACCUUCUUCAAUCUAUAAUCUUUCGCAUUUGCAGUAUCUAGACUUCUCUGGGAACCACAUUACAGAUCCUAUCCAAUCUUCAAUUUCCAAUCUAAAAUACCUACACUAUCUCAAUUUGAAUUUAAAUAAUUUCCAAGGACCUAUACCAAAUUCAAUUUGCGAAAUUAUUUCUCUUCGUAAACUUAAUUUAGGGAAUAAUAAUAUUACAGGAACCAUACCAAGUUGCAUCACAAACCUACGAAAUCUUGAUUUCUUCGAUGUUUUCGGAAAUUCAAUGCAAGGAACGGUUUCAUUGAUAUCUUUGAUCAAUAAACUGAAUCUAACUCACCUUGACCUGGGUCUAAACAAUGUGACGGUAGUUAUAGAUCAACAUCUAUAUCCAUCUAAAUUCAUACUAGAGGAUUUAAGGUUGUUUUCAUGCAAUGUGAAAGGAUUUAUUCCUACUUUCAUUUGUAAUUUCGCACACAUGAAGUAUUUGGAUUUGUCUGACAAUAACCUCACCGGAGCAAUUCCUUCUUGCGUCUACAAACUUAAAAAACUUAAUAACUUAAAUUUGUCCAAGAAUAGACUCCGUGGUCCUCUGCCCCUUCUACCUCAAGGUGUCGAGUAUCUUGAUUUAUCAUACAACAAACUUGAUGGUGAAAUAUCAAUAGAAAUUGGGGAAAGGUUAUUAAGUACUUCCGAGGUUAGUCUAAAUGAUAACAAACUUUCAGGCUUCAUUCCUUCUUCGAUUUGUUCGCAAAAACACAUUAAUUUGGGAUACAUUGACCUCUCCCGCAACAAACUAUCAGGCAAUAUACCUUCUAGUAUAGGGUACUGCACAAAUCUUACUUAUCUAAAUCUGGGAAACAACAAUCUCUCUGGAAAUGUUCCAAAUGAGCUUCAAAACACAAAUAUGGAAUACCUUGCAUUAAAUGACAACAAUCUUGAUGGAACAUUUCCUAUAUGCAUCCUAGAAUUUUCGUCUUUGCAAGGCCUGAACAUAGGAAAUAACAAGUUUGAAGGCAUUAUACCCACCGGUCUUGGUUCACUGAGUGACCUUGCAAUUCUCUUUCUAAGGUCAAACAAAUUCAAUGGGUCCAUUCCUGAAGAGAUUACCCAUCUGCAACAACUUCAAAUACUAGACUUGUCAUUAAACAAUUUCUCUGGUCCAAUUCCUACAAAACUAGGGAACUUGACGAGGUUAACAAGUCGAUUUUCCGCUGGCAUACAUGUGUUUGUGGAUGGUGUACAAUAUGACUUGGUUAUCAAAGGAAGCACAUCCCAAUUUGAGCAGCGGGAAGUCUAUAGUACAGGAAUCGAUCUAUCAUGUAACAUUCUUGAAGGGAACAUUCCAAAAGAGAUUGGGUUAUUACAAGGACUUGCUAUGCUUAAUUUAUCUCAUAAUCUUUUCUCGAGCAAUAUACCGGCUAGUAUCGGAAAUAUGUCUAGUUUACAGUCUUUGGAUUUAAGUUCCAAUAGAUUGUCUGGACGUAUCCCACAAAAUUUGACAUCAAUUGAUCCCCUUGGGUUCCUAAAUUUAUCUCAUAAUAAUUUGAGCGGCAGGAUUCCAAGAGGAAGCCACUUUGAUACCUUGAGCUUGGAUGGUUUUGCUUUUGCCGGGAAUGAGUUAUUGUGUGGAUUUCCUUUGGAGAACGUUUGCGACAGGGAUCACUUUAUUGAUACCGGUGAUUCCAGCAAAGUUGAUGAAGACGAUCAAGAGGAUGGAAAAGAAAAGUUUAAGUUGUUUGCUAUUGUUUCCUUUGGGUUUGGUGUUGGAUUUUGCGGUUUGUUUUGUGUUUUGCUUGUAAAGAAACAGAAAUGGUGGUUUCCUUACUGGAAAUUUGUUGAUUCUGUUGCAGUUAGAAUAGUAGCAUGUAUUCGCCAAAAUUGA